AUGGCCGCGUACCUCACCACCCGCAGCCUCCUCAGCGCCGCCCCCUCUCCCUCCCUCCUCCCCUCCCCAUCCCUCCUCUCCUUCUCCUCCACCCACCGCCCGAACAAGGCCGAGCUCGAGGCGCGCCUCGCCGGCGCCCACGUCCGCGCAGGCCUCCGCCGCCUCCGCAGCGCCCUCGGGCACGAGCGCAAGGGCCCCUCCAGCGCCCCCGCUGCCCCGCGCACCACGCGUGCCGCGGCAUUCUCCCUCCAAAACGGCGACGCGCACAUCAUCUAUUCCACCCCCACCCCCGCGUCGCCGCUCUCCCGCUCCGCGUUCCCGAGCGCGCCGUCCCCGAGCAUGCUCCCGCCGCCGCCCAGCACGCCGCGCCCGCUGUUCCCGCAGCGGCGCUCGCGCGCGGUCGUCCACACCACGGUGGUCGGCCUCGGGCUGGGCUUCGCGCCGCUCGGGGUGCUCGAGGCGGACGCGCCCUUGAGUCCGUUCCACGUCUACCCCGCGACGCUGCGUCGCACCCCUGGGGCGCCCCUCCGCGCAACGGCGGCGGAGAGGGAGGACGUGCCCGCGAGCUACUUCCACCUGCCGGCGGACAUCAUCACCCCGCAGCUGCCGGCGGUGGGGCUUGGGAUCAUGAACGUCGAUCUCUAA